GGCCAAUAUUCCUUCGGCUGUAGGAAUAGUGACGUCGACCAAUGGUAGACUUGGAUGUAGGCCGAGUAUAAAAGCUGAAAGCGAGGUUAAACAGGGUCUGUCAAUUUGUGCGCAGCGAAAGGUGUCAGUUGUGCAUUUAGUUGUUAAAAGUGAUGGCGCGGGUACGACACGCGCUGUUCCUGCUCCUCUCGACGAUAUGUUCUCUUACCGUUGCCCAGCAGUCUGAGGAGCCGCCAAAGAAGGAAGACAGUUUCGAGGCUGAACUUUGCAAAGACAAAGACGCCGGUGAAUGGUUUAGAUUGGUAGCCGGUGAAGGUGAUAAUUGCCGUGAUGUAAUCCAGUGCACCUCUUCCGGUCUGCAAGCGAUCCGUUGCCCGGCUGGUUUGUAUUUCGAUAUCGACAAGCAAACCUGCGACUGGAAAGAUUCGGUCAAGAACUGCAAGUUGAAGAACAAAGAGAGAAAAGCAAAACCGCUACUGAACACUGACGAGCCUAUCUGCGCCGACGGUUCAUUGGCCUGCGGCGACGGUACCUGUAUCGAACGUGGGCUGUUCUGCAACGGCGACAAAGAUUGUGCCGAUGGAUCUGAUGAAAACACUUGCGAUAUCGACAAUGAUCCAAACCGUGCCCCGCCCUGCGACCCGGCAGUAUGCAACCUUCCCGACUGCUUCUGCUCGGAGGACGGCACCCUGAUCCCAGGCAAUCUCCCCGCGAAAGACAUCCCCCAAAUGGUAACCAUCACGUUCGACGACGCCAUCAACAACAACAACAUCGAGCUCUACAAAGAGAUCUUCAACGGCAAGCGCAAAAACCCGAACGGUUGCGACAUAAAGUCGACGUUCUUCAUAUCGCACAAGUAUACCAACUACUCGGCCGUGCAGGAAAUGCACAGAAAAGGUCACGAAAUCGCCGUCCAUUCCAUCACGCACAACGACGACGAAAGGUUUUGGUCAAACGCCACCGUCAACGAUUGGGUUAAGGAGAUGGGCGGAAUGAGAAUUAUCACCGAGAAAUUCGCCAAUAUCACCGACAACAGCGUCGUCGGUGUUCGCGCGCCGUACCUCAGAGUCGGGGGCAACAACCAAUUCACCAUGAUGGAGGAAGAGGCUUUCCUCUACGAUUCGACGAUCACCGCUCCCUUGAACAACCCUCCGUUAUGGCCGUACACCAUGUACUUCCGUAUGCCUCACAGGUGUCACGGUAACCUUCAGAGUUGUCCGACGAGGUCUCACGCCGUCUGGGAAAUGGUUCUGAACGAACUGGACCGCCGAGAAGAUCCGACUAACGACGAAUACCUUCCCGGGUGCGCUAUGGUCGACUCCUGCUCCAACAUUCUGACCGGCGAUCAGUUCUAUAACUUUUUGAACCACAACUUCGACCGGCAUUACGAAGAAAACCGCGCCCCGCUUGGUUUGUAUUUCCACGCCGCGUGGUUGAAGAACAACCCAGAGUUCCUCGACGCUUUCCUAUACUGGAUCGACGAGAUCCUCGCCAAUCACAACGACGUUUACUUCGUGACGAUGACGCAAGUGAUUCAGUGGAUCCAAAACCCGAGGACCACCACGGAGGCGAAGAACUUCGAACCGUGGAGGGAAAAGUGCGUCGUCGACGGAAUACCAGCCUGCUGGGUGCCCCAUUCGUGCAAACUGACGUCGAAAGAGGUUCCCGGGGAAACUAUCAAUCUCCAAACGUGCGUGAGAUGUCCGAAUAAUUACCCAUGGGUGAACGACCCGACAGGCGACGGUUUCUUCUAAGUCAAACUCCAUUAAACUAAUUUAGGAACUUUUUUCGAAUAGUGUCCCACACCCCUUGCCGAAGAGCGGCUCUCAAUCGGGUUUUGCAAGAAGUAGUGAUCGGACUCUUAACGUUACAUUUUUGUAUUUAUUAUUUUCCAAUGACUGUAUGCGUGAUCUAUUUUUUUUUUGUUGAUUUAUUUUGUAAUAAACGGUAUAUGAAUAAGAUUAGACUGUUAAUUCACUCGAUAUUACUAGUUGAAGCUUGUACCCGCGCGCUCCGUUGUGACUUUCACAACGAUUAUGUAACAUACACUUUCGUAACGUAUUUAUGUAAAAUUUAGGAUCAUUUAAGAGCAAUUUUUGUUGUAAAUUCUUAUACGAUUACGAACACAGAUAUUCCUGCAGUUAAAAAUAAAUUAUUUUUACGUG